AUGUCACCACCGGCUAUCAAGUCAGGAGAUACCGCUCGACCAGACAUGGUCGCCGCCGAUCGGCACCACUCCACAUCGUCUGCCAACACUUCAGGUUCACGCGGUCGACCACCACGAGAGCAGUCCAACUGUUUCCUUCACGACGAUGACCACUACACAUCUGACUGUCAGCGUUACACUAGUCUCGGCGAACGCUGCAUGCGUAUAGCCGGACAAGGCCGUUGCCUCAGAUGUCUGUAUCUCCACACACCAGGCCAAUGUUGCAGAGAGCGACUAUGCGGAAUCUGCUCUUCUAGUUGA